AUGGCAAAGUGUGGAGCUUGCGGCCGUUACCUGUCGGCGACAGAUGGCGUCACCUGUGGCAAAUGUGACCUCACAUAUCAUCGAGGUUGUCUUAACCUAUCGGAAAAGGCAAAAAUAUCAACUGCGUGGAUGUGUCCAGCUUGUAAAAGUAAAGUUCCUCGUGCUGGAGACAACUCCAAUACACCGGUAAAGUGUCAGGGUGUCGGGGACAGUAGUCCCAUUCACAAAGAUAUUGAUGUAGACUUGGAAAUACGACUGUUUCGAAAUGAACUCGGUGCGAUGCGCAAUGAGCUAAAGGAGGUAAGAGACAAUGUCUCCAUAUUAAGGGACACAAUCCUCGCGUGCAGUAAAAAUUUAGAGGAAAUCGAUACCACCAAGUUGGAGAAUCGAAUGGAAGAACAGGUGCAUAAGUGCGAGUCGAAGAGACAAUUGGUGAAU